AUGGAGACUGAGCUCAACAAACUCGUCGCGGCUUUGUGUACUUCUGCGUCUGUGCUCCAAGGUGCUCUCAACGAUGAGAAUGUGCCCAACUUCAGGAGCGAUGACCCUUCUCCCCAUCCCUGGGAUGGUGGUGUCCCCCCGCCAUCGGCGUGGUACGCUCGCAAGGCGCUAGUCGGUCUCUGUUACCAAAUCAUUGCAUUGGUACAAGAUCCCCUGGAGCGGUCUAUCAUUGACUUUACCAGCUUCAGUCUGGCAUCCUCCAUGAAUGCUGUGGUACGAACACAACCCACAGUUGCUGAAGUUGUCCUCGCAUCUGGCUCUGACGGCAUCGCCGUGAAAGACUUGGCUAAGAAUACAGGACUGGACGAGACCAAGUUAUAUUCUCUCAUGCACCUUCUCUGCACCUGGAACUACUUCAAAGAAAUAGAAGGGGGACAUAUUUCCGCGACCAGGUCGACCCGUGCUCUACUUCCUGACUCAUUUGUCCAUGGCCUGUCCGACUCUAUCAUUGCCGGAACAGCAGCCGCUUCUAUGCUAUGGGAAGCUGCAAAGACGCCUUCUGGCAGCCAACACCCGUCCCCUUUCUCCCUAUAUCAUCACGUCGAAAUAUACGAUUGGAUAAAGGCACGUCCCGACCAAAUCGAGAGAUUUGGACGGGCAAUGGAUACCGCCGAGAAAACCUUAGAUCCAGGCUUCAUUCUCGACUUGCCUGUCCAAGACCUUGGCCCGAACAUUACCCUGGUUGAUAUUGGCUCGGGUGUCGGAGGAUUGCCCAUGCAGCUCUUGAAACGGAACCCGGGGUGGAAGGCAGUCUUACAAGACCAGGAAAUUCUCAUUCCUCAGAUGGAAUCUUUCUGGAAAAAAGAUGCGCCGGAAAUUGUUGAGUCAGGCAGGGUUACUUUCCUUGGGCACAGCUUCUUCGAGCCGACCCCCCUGCCGCCGGCCCCCAAAGACAGCCCGUAUGUCUUCAUGAUCAAGAGCGUUCUUCACAACUGGCCUGAUGAUCUUGCGGCCAAAAUCCUUGAGAACCUGUUGCCCGCAGCCCCCCCGGGGACGGUAUUGAUGAUCGUGAACUAUACCCCGGCCGAGCCAGAGCCGUCUAAGACGACAGUGGAAGAAUUCUUCCGGCGUAUCAAUAAGCACAGUAUGGCAGAGAUCCAGAAAGCGAAGAUCCCCCUCCCUGAUCUUCUUGGUGUCGGAUGGGGCUUCGGCGAUGCUUCGGUCUCCACCGCCGACAUGUUGAUGAUGCUGUUGAUGGGAUCGCAGUGUCGUACAGUCACGGCUUUGAAGGCUUUGCUGGAGACCACUUCGUGGAAGUUUGAAGGUAGAACAGAUUACCGUGGGACUACCUCCGUCAUCAAGGCUAGGCGAGUCUGA